AUGUCGCUCGGUCACAACGCCUGGCCCCCGGGCAAUAUUCGUCCUCCGGAUGAGCAUCAGGACUCACCGCGCCCCGUCAAUGGCUUGGUCAAGACCCUAUCAGGCUCGCGAACUCCCCAAAUGCGCGGCUCUAUCAGCGCCGAUGGGCCGAACCCCGGUAGUAUGACAUCGGAGCCAGAUAUCGCGAUCGAGGAGGAUCCGCGCAUUGCCCAAUUCCGUGACUUGUAUCGGCGCAGUGAAGCGAAAAUAAACGCGCUCUUUUCAGGCCGCUACUCUGAGAACGAUGCUGUCGGCGCCGUGGUCACGGACUCCGACCAGCCGGAGAGCCAACCUGAACGCGUCGAUGCGCCGGCACCCCCUUCAACGGCACCCACCAAGCCUGCCCGCAAACUCGAUGACGACUAUGACGACUACGACGAAGAUGACGAUGCGGAUAUGGCUGAUUCCACCGACUCCCCUGUGAAAGCGAAGUCCUUCCUGCCGUCGCAAGAUACCCCCGGCGCUGCACCCCCGGCGCAACGCCCGGGCACCGCAGCCUCCAUCAGUGCCGACGGGAUGAAAGAACCAAAGAAGGAGACACUUGAGGAUAUUCGGAAACAGCUUGCAGAGGACAAAAAGGCGACGGAAGAAGCUGCUAAGCGGAGCUUCCAUACCUUGUUCUAUACACUCGAGAGCGAUCGAGACGCUAUGCUGGACCAACAACGGUUGGAGGAGUCUGAGCGCCAGGUUGAGGCUGAAAUUUCUGGCCAGCAAGCAAAUGGUGGUAAUAAUGCGGCUGGCGGUUCCAAUGGGUAUAGCUCCCUGAGCAACACGAACCUCGGUGCUUCCAGCUUGACGCUAAAGAACCUCAUCGCUCGAAUCGACAAGAAGCGCGAUAUGGUGCAGGCAUCUGAUGCCGAGCUUCGUAGUCUUCUGAGCGAAGUCCGCAAGAAUCGCAGCAAAUGGGCUAGCGAGGACAAGAUUGGCCAGGAGGAGCUGUAUGAAGCUGCGGAGAAGGUUCUCAGCGAACUCAAAGCUAUGACCGAACAUUCGACUGCUUUUUUGACUCGCGUCAAUAAGCGUGAUGCGCCGGAUUAUUACACAAUCAUUAAACACCCAAUGGAUCUCGGAACGAUGACCAAGAAGCUCAAGGGCCUGCAAUACAAGUCGAAGCAAGAUUUUGUGGAUGACCUCAAUCUGAUUUGGCUGAACUGUCUGAAGUACAACACAAACCCGGAGCACUUUCUACGGAAGCAUGCUCUGUACAUGCGAAAGGAGACUGAGAAGCUUGUACCUUUGAUCCCUGAAAUCACCAUUAGGGACCGUGCCGAGGUUGAAGCUGAGGAACGUCGACUGCAGCUUGCAGAGCUCGAUGGUGCUGAAGAAAGUGAUGAUGAACCCAUCAUGUCUUCUCGGGGACGGAAGGCUCCGGGCAAAUCCUCUAAGAAGGGUACAGCUCCAUCUCGCAACACCCCUAGUGGUUCUGAAGGACCUCCAGCUGCCCCUUCCAGCCAACCGCCGGUUCUUGUUAGUGCGGAUUCGGAUACCGCCAUGGAAGCAAGCCAAAACGGUUUCUCCACCCCGCCUCCUGGGUCCCACACUCCUUCCGAUCAUCCCGCUGGUGCAGGCGUGGGUACUGCAGCUAGCCAGCAGGGCGAUGCGAUGGAGAUCGACGUGCCCACAACUUCCACUACUUCCCUCAGUGCGCUCUCAGUUUCCGGCGUGGAAUUUGAAGAUCCCGAGUUCAAAGUGUGGAAGCAGGUGACAAAGAAAGAUCGAGCUCUAAUCGCCGCGGAGAGACAUCGUCUCCUCAAGGGCGACAAGCUCAAUCCUGACGAGCCAGCUUUGCUCCGAACCAAAGCCGGUAUGCGCCGAUGGCUUCGUCACGAAAAGCAAGCUGCGAUUGAAGGUGACAAGGUACAUGAUCCGGGAUCCCAAGCCAUGGAGCCCGAGGCUGCUGGCGAAUCCCUGGCAGAGGGUAUCGAGGUCGAAGAAGACAAAAUGCUUCCGUAUUACUACGAUGUUAUGUCUGGUGUACCCGACCUUCCAGAGCGUCUUGCCUGGAGGGAAGAUGCCGACGGAAAUAUCGUGGAUGCAUCCGAAGAGUUCCUCAGGGUCCUCCCUCAGGGCAGGUUCACUCAACCCGAUAGCAAGUUGUCUCGCAAGCUGGAUGCCAAUAUGCGACAGAUGCAGGACACGCGUAAGAUUUGUUCGAAGAUGGGCAUCGUGAAACAGAUGCAGCUGCAGGCUCAGAUGUAUGCAAAUCAAUUUCAAAAGUACAACCCUGAGCCUUUUGCCGAACAAGACAUCUCACCUCACGUUAUGAACGAUAAUGGCCCUGUGAUUGCACCUGGAACCUGCCGAGCAGCACUGCAGCGAUCUGUCGCUAAAAUCUUCUAUCACACUGGUUUUGAGGAGUACCAGCCUUCCGCUCUCGAGGUCGCGACCGAUAUCGCAGCGGACUUCUUCCAAAAGAUUGGCGAGACAGUUAAAUCCUAUAUCGAAGCCCCGAAGGUUCCUGUCACUGAAUGUGAGGAUGCUACGUCUUCCGCGGAAUGGAAACCUGCGUACACUGAACCUGAAAUUGUUCUUCACUCUCUGGCCGCCGUUGGUAUUGAUAUUGAGGAGCUUGAGUCCUACAUCAAAGACGACGUCGAACGACUGGGAACUAAGCUUGCCUCGGCACACGAUCGCCUGAAGUAUCUCUUCACUGAGCUCUUGCGCCCGGCUCUUACAGAUGGUGGCGAGGACGGUUCCAAAGCCUUUGCCGAUGGCAGCGAUCAGUUUGUCACUGGAACAUUUGCGGACGAUAUCAAUGAUGAUUUCCUUGGCUUCAAGGAACUUGGACUAGACGUCGAGUUCGGCAUUGCCUUCAAUAGUGUGCCACUGCACUUGCUCCCGAGCCGCAUGUUCAACGCGGCGCAGGCACAGAACACCACUUCCAUUCAGACUGAAGAUGUCUUCACCCCGCCGCCUCCGUAUCCUCGGAUUACGGUGGAGAAUGUGGGUGACCAGAUCGGGCUGGUUCAACAAUACUUCAAGGGCAAGCUGGAUGCGAACAAUGACGAGCCGCUCGUGGAAGAUCUCGAGUUACCCCCAAGCAAAGGCCCAUGGCUACUAAGCCUCGUCUUCCCGCAUCUGCGCCCUGCACCGCCCAAUGCCGCCGCGGCCAAGGCAGGUCCAUCAGAGCCCAGCAAGAAGAAGGUGAAGAAGAAUAGCGGUGUUGCGCUGGAGAUGCCUAACUUCAAUGACGGCGAUGCGGACCAGACGAAUGCCGCCGACGCCAAAGAUUUCAUGUCUGAUCUGAAGUCUAUCGAUGGGUCUAACAUCCCCGACGGUGCUUCGGGCGAACCCAUUGCUAGCCAGCGAGAACAAGCAAGCAUGCCCAUGACCAAUGGAACCACGGCAUGA